AUGGACAAGGACAAGAUCGAAGAUAGGAAGCGCCCUGCUGGUACCAGUGACGAUGGCGCGCCGCCACGCAAGAAGUUGGCCGUUAACGGCGGCGUGGCGAAGGACGACUACGAGGGCCAACCCGAAGAAGUCUGGAUCGAGCUGUUACAAGAGAUCGAGUUGGUAGCUACUUCGACCGUACCUUCCGACGCCAUAUCACCGGACCCCCCCUACCUCACUGGAGUCACCUUUGAGGACAGCACCGAUUUCCAAAAGCACCUCGACGAAAAAGCCAAGGGCAUCAAGACGAAGGCUGAGGCACUUCUCAACCGCCUCGCGGCAUCGAGGGGCAGCAUUGACCCUAAUCUCUCGGCCCUCGAAGAACGAAUCAACAAGCUACUUGCGAGUCAGAAGGAAUACUUCGUCAAAUUAGACCGGCUCAGCUCCGAGAAGGAGCAGCUUUCCGAGCAACUAAACACCGCGACACUCCGAUACUUCAAGGCGGAGAAGAAACUCGACAGGGUGAAGAGUGCGCAGGUGCGGGAGCUCGAGAAGCAAGCCCUAGCAAACGACACCAAACAGUCCGCCCCUGCUUCGGAGACCAAGGGUAACUCAGAACCUAAUGGCGUGAGCCCAGAAGUCGUCCAGAAGUACGAGGAGGAGCGUGCUGUGGUCGCUCGACAGAAGGAACAGAUACAGUCCAUCCUGGAGGAAAUCAAGACCCUACAGGAGGAAAAUUCGGCGUUAAAGUUGCGUCGGGAGACGCUGACUGACGAGGACUACAUUAGGACCGAUGUGUUCAAACUGUUCAAGUUGAAAAGUGAAGAGCUGAUCAGGCAGGUGAACCACCUCGAGGCCACAAACGCUCAAUUAAGGGAGGAGGUUGAGAAGCUCAGCGCGGAGCGGACGAACUUCAAGAGGCAGGUCGAAGCCGACGCGCAGGCCUUGACUCAGGAACUCGACACCGACCUUGUAGCGCGCGAUCAUGACCUAGCACGCCUACGGUCCGCCAGGGAUGAACUACUAGCCGACAACACCAUGCGCAAAGCCAGCCAGGAACAACAACAUUCUGCCCUUGAACACAUGAAGGAACUCGUCAGUGUCAAGGAUGAUAGAAUCGCUGCUUUGGAGUCUGAAAUCGCGAGGCUUAAACCGGCGGAAUCUGAGGAUCAGGAAAUGACCGAGCCCGACGCUGAGGUAGACGGCCUGGAGCGGGACGCGCUGCUUACGAAAUAUCGCAAGCUUCGACAAGACUACCAAGCCGUAUCAAAUGAACUCCCGGCGAUGGAAAAGGCGUACCGAAAGGCGAUGGCUUUAAGUCACAAGAAAGUGAUGGACUUCGAGGCGCUCGAGAAUCGAAACAGCAUCCUUAUGGCGGAAAAGAGCAAGGCCGAUCAGAAAUACUUCGCAGCGAGGAAGGACGCCGAUACCAAGAUGAGCGAGAUCCGAACGCUUAGGCUUCAGAGUGGUAAGAGCACGGAGAUCAUCGCCCAACUUAAAGAGGUCGAAGCCCAGAACCGCAUUCUCCUGGUCAACCUGGAGAAGCAGGUCUCCGAUCUGAAGCAAUCCAACAUGACCCUGGCUGCGGAGAACAAGAAGCUCGAGACAGCCGCAUCCGAAGCGACGAGGAAGUCGGACUCUUACAAGAAGGAAAUCAGCGACUUGACCAACCUCGUAAAGUCCAAGGAUUCUACCGUAGCGGCAACGAGAGAGCGUAACAUGACGCUGGAAACGGAAACCGAUCGACUCAAGGUUCGGACGGAAACGCUUCAGAAGGACAAGGAGAGUUGGAAGACAAAGGCUGAGAGCAACUCUUCAGAUGUUGAAAAGGGUCUCAGGACCCUUAUGGUUUGUUCGAUUUGCAACGAGAACUUCAAGAAUACUGCACUCAAGACUUGUGGACACUUAUUCUGCAACAAGUGUGUGGAGAAUCGAAUCAGCAACCGUAUGCGAAAAUGCCCCACCUGCUCUCGAGCUUUCGACAAGAUGGAUGUCAUGGCUGUCCAUCACUAG